AUGGACACACGAAUAAUUGAUGGAAUUACUAAUUCAAGUGCCUCGAUCGGGGAGGACAGGUCCUGUCCUGAUGACGACUUUGUUGAUCGAGUAAACCACACUUAUACCAUGAACCUUCUCAUGUUCUUCACUGCGAUUGUUCUCUCUCGCCAGUUGGUGGGAAAACCAAUUAGUUGUUGGAUUCCGAAUGACUUCACAGGUGCGCAAGGUGAAUACGCGGAGACGGUGUGCUGGGUCACCUCCACCUACUUCAUCCCCCCUGCGCAGGCCACGGUGCCCAUUGAGGAGGAUAUCCGAUACGAAAAGAAAAUCUACUACUAUCAAUGGGUGCCCUUCAUUCUGAUGAUUCAGGCAGCGCUGUUUGUUCUCCCCUGCAUUGUUUGGCGACUUUUCAAUGCGCAAUCAAGAAUUAAUGUGAGUACCACGAACUGUGGUUUCGGACCUAAGUGGCUCACUUAA